CGUCGCAGGCACGAGCGUUUUUGCGCACGCACAUUCACACACCGCCACCACGCUGCUGCCUGCUACCAUCGCAGCAGUCCACUACUUUCCUACCCGUCCGUCCGCCUGCCCGCCCACGCAUCUGUCCGUCCGCCCGCCCACCCACCGCGGGAGUUGGCGGGGAGGAGAAUCUUCAAGCCAAACAACGAGACAGAGGGUCUGAGCUGAACGAGCUGAGCGGCCCAGAGGGCGGACGCCUGCAUCUCAAGAGCCGGCGAUGAACGCCCGAUUGCGGUAGCGGACGUCCGACGUUUCGAGACGACGCGGCGACCACCCCCCACCGCCGCCGCGAGCCUUGCCGGCGGGAAACCCACAACUCUUGGCUUCUGCGGGAAAACAAAAAACCCAAGCGCGGGCCGAUGUGUGCGCUCGAAGUCGGACGGGGCCGAUGAACGCCCUGAGAAAGUGCGCUGCGCUGGAUCGUCCGAGGCGAGCCAUGCUGGAGUAAGAGAGGCGCGCGCUGGCCGGCACCGGCCUGCCCCUAACCCGCUCCCACCCCGUGUAACGUGAUCUCCGGACGGCGCUGUAACAGAAACCCCCCCCCCCCUCCGCGGGGCGACGAUGCGGCGCUGCCACGCGCCGCUGCUGCUGGCGUGCGCCGCGCUGGCGGCCUGCCUGCCGGCACCCGCUCGCUGCUGCCCAUCCGCGUGCCGCUGCGACCGCGGCUUCGUCUACUGCAACGAGCGCAACCUUACGGCCGUGCCCGCCGCAGACAUCCCCGCCGACGCCACGGUCCUCUACCUGCAGAAUAACCGCGUGGGCAGCGGCGGGGUGCCCGCGGGCACGCGCGCCCUCCUCUCCGUCACCGUCGUCUACCUCUUCGGCAACCGCCUCGACGAUUUCCCGCACCACCUGCCGAGCAGCGUGCGCGAGCUCCACCUGCAGGAGAACAACAUCCGCACGGUGUCGCGCCAGGCGCUGGCGAGCGUUCCCGCCCUCGAGAAGCUGCACCUCGACGACAACGCCAUUGCCACGGCGGGCAUCGAGGCGGGCGCCUUCCGCUACCUGGGCGCUCUCAAGCUGCUCUUCUUCUCACGCAACCACCUGAGCUCGGUGCCCAACGAGCUGCCCGCCGGCCUGGAGGAGCUGCGCCUGGAGGACAACCGCAUCGCCUCCGUGUCCGCCCGAGCAUUCCGCUCCAUGACCAAGCUCAGGUUCCUGAACCUCGACGGGAACCUCAUAGCCGACGACGGCGUGGAGAACGGCGCCUUCCGGGAGCUCGACGAGCUGACGGAGCUUUCGCUGUCCAAGAACUCCCUGAGGGCGCCGCCGCCGCAGCUGCCCGGGACGAGCCUGCGCAAGCUGCUCUUGCACGACAACCAGAUAGAGCGCGUGCCGGUCGCGGCGUUCGCGCGGCUCGGAAAGCUCGCCCACCUCGACCUGUCGCACAACCAGCUGAGCCGUCUGGCGCCGGGCACCUUCGACGGCCUCGAAGCGGUGCGGCAUCUCAACCUCAGGAACAACCCGUGGCGGUGCGACUGCGGCCUCGCCUGGCUGAGGGCCUGGCUAGUGAGGAACAAUGUGGCGGCGCGCGGCGCCGUGUGCGGAGGCCCCGGCGGCGUCAGGGGCAAAGCCAUCAAGGAUCUGGAGCACGGGGAUUUUGCGUGCUCGGGACAGACGCCGACCGCGUCGGCCGACGGCGAUCCUUCGAACGCGUCCACGAAGAGGUGGUACCAACGGGCAACCGCCAGGCCGGAGAGAUUUCCGCCCACGGAGUUUUCCGGCGGCAAGGGGCUCACCACCGCCAGGCCGGCGGCGUCCACCGCGGUGGUGCCCGACGAGCCGAGGGACCUCGACAUCGCCCUCAAAGCCACGUCCCUGAGCAAGGACAUCGUCGAGGUCAAGUGGCACGACGCCGUGUCCGUGUCGGCGUACAAGCUGAGCUGGGUGCUGGAGGGGCAAGGGCCCGGCGGCGCCGCGGGGGGGGCGACCAAAACCGUGAUCCUGUCCGGGGACGUGCGCCUCCACCUGCUCACCGACUUGGUGCCCCUGGCAAACUACCGCGUCUGCCUGGAGCCGAUCGACACGGGCAAUGGUGAGCGGCAGUACGCCGCCGACGACGGCGCCGUGUGCACCGUCGCCAAGGCAGGCGGGCCCGAGUCGCGCAACGCCAAGGUCACGUCCGGCGGCGACGCGGCCGGCGCCGGAGGGGAGGCGCCCUUCCCGACGGCGGCGAUCGUCGGCGGCUCCGUCGCCUUCCUGGUCGCGGCCGUGCUGCUGGGCAGCUUCUGCUGGUACUCGCACAAGACGGGCAAGUACCUGGUGUCGCGGUGGGCAUUCAUCCGCUCGCGGCAGAAAGAGGGGGACUACGUCGAGUCGGGCACCAAGAAGGACAACUCCAUCCUGGAGAUGAGCGAGAGCUCGUACCCGAUGGGCGCGGGCAACGACCCGCUGUGUCCGGAGCCCUACGGCAUCCACCCGGGCUACUCGGACUGGACCAGUAACAUGUACAAGCUGCAGCCGGGACACGGGCCGCAGAACGUGCGCUACAUCGAGGAGAGAUUGCUGGAAACUCACUUUAUUCCCGUAUGAGCGCGCGCACGCCCGAGCGGCUCCGCGACAUCGAUGUGUGUCACGGCUAUUUAUAAUAAAGACUACCUGAAUAUUUAAAUGUAUUUGCACUUGAGAGAUUUCACACGCGGCUGCGAUUGGAAACGCUUUGCGUUGGGGAGGGGUCGCACGGCAGAAAGCGCGGAACGCCAACGCGCGUUUGUGCAGCCACGCCACGGUGCGUACUUGUACUUACCCGCGACGUCGUCUUGCGGGCAUCGAAAGAGGGGACAGCAAUGUUCGAUACCAAAACAGCACCUCCGAUUAGCGCAGUUGGCUACGUACGGUGCGCAAGAAGUUCAACGUACGUACAUACAUGAAAACAUGUCUAGACGAAGGCGCGGAUACUGCCAAUUACUGAUAAUUACUGCUCACGCACGCGAAACAAUCAAAAUGUAGACAGGAAUAAAAACAUGAAAAUGUCUAUUUCUCAAGUUGCGAAAUCUAUUCCCGAAAGAAAUUGUAUACAUGUAAAUAGUACUUUUUUUUUAAGACACCAACAUUAAUCAUGUUUUACAUCUGUAAGCGUACAUUUAAGACCAUUUCAAAAGGUUGCCAAGGAGUAGACAAUCGCUUGGUUUUGCCUGUUUGCAAAGUGAAGGCCUCAUUUACACGUUCCACAAAACGUACCUUUCCACUAAAACUCCUAUUACUAUUCUAAAACGGUUUCUCAUUCAUCCCCCACGAGUUAUUAACGCGAAGAGCGAUUCCGAAUGCCCGCAAGUGUUUACAGUUCAUGUCGUUGGGACCUUUUCCCCCCCAAAAUUUUACUUCUCUCCCGCCCCCCUCCCCACCUCGCAAAUUGUCUCAUUAAAUAAACCCCAAGGCAGUUUCGUCUCGCCGCAAAUAGGGGCUUUGCUUUAACGACCCCUCCCGUUGAGUCCCACAAUCAGCACGCUUUUCUGUCAUUCCGCAGCAUUUGGAAAUGUCUAUACAACGAUUAUGGUUUUUUUGCGGCUGAUGCGAUGACAAAAGAAACGUUCUAAGGUGUUGCUGUCGAUGAGACCGAAGACAAGGCGCAGCACCGUUCUGUCUUGGUUUAAAAGUGGACAACUCUGGCUGUCGCCUGAUGAUGCUGGUUGUUGCAAUUGCCGGCGGAUCUACAGUACUCGAAUUGUAAAUGUUGUGGGUUUACUCUCCAACACACGUUCUGUUUACAUGACAAACCUUACUAAUUGGCUGUGUCGGGUGGUGGUGGGUUUAACGACACAUUUGUAAUUUACGCGAUCUAAUCCAAAAACCUCUAUUAUUGAAGGUCCUGUGACAUCAUUUGCAAAGAGAGAGAGGGAGGGGGGCGUUUGCCUAUUUGGAGCAAUGGCCCAAAUGUUUUGACUAAAUUAUGAAAUACGGCUGCAAUUUUCAGAAUGGGAAGAUGUUGCACCUCUGCAACGACAGGACAAAACCCCAGAGGCCCCGUCAAGAAAAUCCAAAAUAAUAAAAACCACACGAUAUCAAACGCUCACAGCUUGAGCGGUUGUGAAUACUGUCUUUGUAACGACUGUAAAAAUGUGCCAUUCAUUUUAAUCGGCUGCCUAGUGGAACUGCCGUUUUUGAAAUGACUCUUGACAAGUGAGGACGGACACACCGAUAGGCAACCACGGCUGAAUGCAUUGGAGGAUGCAGGUUUCUGUUCCGUUAAUUUUUUUGAUCCACGGGGAUAGAAUAAUGUAAAACAAAAGCCAAGUAAGCCACCAUCCCCACCGAUAUAGAGGCAGGGCGAAACGUGCGAACGUUCGCCGGGCUUGCACAGCCAUCAAUCACAACGUGGCACUAAUUUUAUUCAUCCCCAGGGGAUGAUGGGCAGCGUUGAGCCCUGAGCAGAACUUGAACUGGUAAUUGUAUUGAUGUCGAGCGCCCUAACCUCGGUGCCGACAGUGGUCAUCCUGUGGAGAGACAGGCCCCCACCGCAGGAAUGUGGAAAAGGAAGCGACUGGUACCCCAACGUGUCUUGAGUGGGAAAACACUUGUCUUGACUUGACUACGGAUGCAUCGUAGAGUGAACCUGAUUGGUCAAUGUUUCAUUGCUCAGCACAAUCCCCGGAUAUGUUUUUCGUAACUACUUAUGACAAUGCAAGACAACAUAAAACUCAACUUAACUAUUUUUUUUAUUUUACCAGGUAAGACUCUUUUUCAGAAGCUACCUGGCUACAAGUGAUCGAUCAACAAACUGGAUUAUUAUGUGGAUAUUUAUAGCAACCAACUGCUCGAAACGCAGGUUUCUAAAUGUGGAGUGAAAAACCGGAGGACCCGGAGAAAAAUACAAAGAUAGAACAUACAAACUCCAAAUAUAUAGGCGUCAAGGUCGGGCUUGAACCCACGAACGACUUCCUGUAUACCAGGCGAGGUCGUUAACAUCCCACCACCGUGGCGGCUAUCGGUCGCUGGUGCUCAAAGCACGAAACAAGGUCACGAAUCACACCAACUUUCCCGUAAAAUUCACUCCAUAUCCUUCUAGCCCAGUUACCACGCACCCUCCCCCCUGCCCGCCACAUUUAGGCCGAAAUGCAGUCCCACGGGCGUAACUUAACACCGGCGCUGGAUUUACACGCUUAUCCUUAUCAUUAGGCUUUGGGGGGGGGGGCGGGCACAAGAUGUAAACGCGCUCACUGGCUCGCACAUAUCCGGCAAAAGACCACAGACGCCGGACCUUCCGAUUGUUGAUCGCAGUACGAGGAUUUGUGAGAGUUAAAAUCAGCGGCUCGCCAUGCUUGAGUUUGCACAAGCAACCAGCAGCACCACCAUUAGACUUCACCGACGGACGUUCGUCCACGUUCGCAUCGACAGGAGGGAGAAAAUGAAAAUAAAAGGCACAUUUGUUCCGUGCGAAAAAGACGAUGAAUCCACAAGGGAUCAUGGGGAUUCUGGGGCCAAUUACGCAGAGUGUAAGUAAAGCCGCAUUUAUAGGGUCAAAUUACGUUUCGCAGCUGGGGUCAAGAGCACAUAUAUACUUGUAACAAUGGGCUAAAGUGGAUGUAUUGUACCAGUUCACACUUUUUGGGAUUAUCGGCACUGCAUGACCACAGCGGAAUGCCGAUCCUGGAAAACGCCACAAAUCUGCUUGCAGACACGAUUCACGUUAGGCUUUGUGAUCUCACAAACUCCCCAUGGGCGUCACGUCUUUUUGCGUGCAUGCGCUCUAACUUUGACCGCAUUCCCACCAGCCCGGCUGGAUCAGUUAAGAACAGCUGCUAGCCAAUACGCAGUACUAAAUAGUGAAACUUGAACCUACCGAGAAGAAGCAUUCAAGCUCGCGAACAAACCAACCACGCGCAAUUCAAAUGACCACAGCUCGUUUUACACGCGCUCACAUGGAGAUGAAAUUCUGGUCUCUGAAGAAGAAAAAAAAACACAGCAGCCAAUUUCAAACUACAGGCGAAUUAAGGCUACCCCAGCAUAAUGCUACCGCACAAAAUUACCACUGGCCAUUGUCAGCCAUUCUCUAUUCACAGCUAGACAAAAGCAUCCCAUUGCAGAUGCCAACACUACAAUAAUCCCGCUUUGGUUGCCACCAUUCCGUCUCUUAAUUUCUUCAUCCCCUCGUGCAGCUUCGUACGCGGUUGGUCUUUCCUUGUCGUUUUAAGGCUUCGGCCGCGAAAUGGUGGACGAGGCAGGAGAGGGUUCUCCGGCGUUGCGAGCGGCAUCCCCGUGGACAGCAAGCGCUGUGCGCGGUGUUCUCGCUCGCCGCCGCCGCCGCCGCCACCGCCGCCGGGAGCAAUUGAAACCGAGAACGAACUCUCCAGGCGCUGUCGCGUGGCGUGGCGUACCGUGCGAGGCUUUUCUCAACCGGCGUGUUAUUUUCGGGGUCGUACGUCGCAAAAUGUUCGUCCGCCCGUUUUUGGUCCACGUGCCGGGGGAGCUUCGUGUCCUCCUCGAGAAGCUCGUGCCGGCAGGUUGAGUGAACCGACGGACUUCGCGCCAAACUAUGCACGGAGCAACCCCUGGAAAACGCAACUCGCUUGUUUCACCGAUUUAUGUUCCGAAAAUGUUUUAUCCUUGGAGCAAACGUGGCCAACGACGUUACUGCGCUUUCGUUUUGUUGUGGUGUCGAUGCGGAACGCGCGCACAUUUGUCGAGAACAAAAUCCGUGGUCCAAAGGCAGCCGCUGCUGCGGAGCAUUUAAGAGGACAAAUGCCACGUGGACACGCGAUGUACAUACUUGUACAUAGUGUAUUUAAAAGAUAUAUCCGAUAACGGUUUAAACGUUGAAAGCCAUUUUCGCCUUCGGAGAGAAAAAUGACGAUGCCAAAAUUCCAAGAUAAGCCAACUCGUAAUCUAAUUCGCUGCGGCCGCGUCACACCUUGCCCGAAAAUUCGGGGCACACGGGGCACUCUGCCAAACUGCAACGCUUUCACAUCACCUACCGAGUUGAGAAUAAAGUUUAAGAUAAAAAGAAAAGAUGGAAAACAUAACGUGGAGUGAGGAGAUCGGUUGAAAUGACUCAAAUCAAAGGCUAAUUCCUCUUACCUGCCUGGGAACUCGCAGCCCAACGCAUUCCCUAACUUUUUGUACUCCCAUGUUCAUUUGGUGACAUGUUCUGCUUUACGCGUUGUGUUUAUGCAUUCAAUGACGUGUGUGUUCAGAAUUAGUACACAUCCGUGCUCGAUGCCAUGGCCAGUGUACCAGCGGUAUUCUAAAGCGACGGUUGUUGGGAUAAUCUUGGUUUGCUCAUUUUAAAAAGAAUAAAAAAAUACUUUUUCAAAAAG